GUGGGGGCUAUGCGGGUAGCGGGACCGCGGAUAUGCUGCACAUGCGGCCGCCGCUGUCGGGCGGGUUUGGCGUCCCGGAGGAGGGGGCGGCGGGAGUGCCUGAGGACAGUCCCAGUAACGCCUUCUCGCCGUUUGGCAUCCUGGGAGGCGGCUUGGGUGGUACUGGAGCAGGCGGCGGCGGCGGCGGUGUCGUGUCGAGUGCAGCAGCAGGGGGCUACCUCGUUUCGGGCUGCUGUCGCGUCCCCAGCAACAGCCCGGCGACCAGCCAAACGUCCAUCACCUCUUCCACCAUGGGACCAGGCCCGAACAGUGCGGCACAGCAACGCUACAGCCAGGCUAUGCCGUACACCCAAGCCGGCACCUCCACCGCUGCUGCCGUCGCUGCCGCUGCCGCCGCAGCAGCAGCAGCAGGCAUCCUCCCGGCCUCCCCCAACCUCUCCCCUGCCUCCGCAACCCCCCUACCCCCCGCCUCUCGACUGCUCCUACCCACGGCCGUAGCUCGCUGUCCCGAUCUGCAUGCAAGCGGGGACGGAGGGGGGCUGCUACUGCCCGGCAGCAGCGGCCAACGCGGUAGCUUCGAAGAGGAGGGCUGCGGCGGCACUCGAAUCGCGCCGGCGUUUGUGGGGUGCAGCCACAGCGGCGCUGCCACGCCUGCGCUCAUGCUGCACAGCAAUCCGCAGAUCACGCUCAGCGCGCAGGUCACAUCGAAUAUGAAUUGCGACCGGCCCUCGCAUGCGAGUGCGCGGAUGGUCAGCGGCAGCCACGCGCAGCAGCACUCGAGUGGGCUGGUGGCGUUGCAUAAGGCGGUGGAGCGGCUGAUGCUGCAGGACAGCGGGUUGUUCGCCAAGGUGCAGGCCAGCAUGAAGGGCAUAUCCAGCCUGGCGAAGGAAACCACCAAGCUGGAGUUCGGGCGUGACGCCAGCGGCGCCACCGUGAUCAACCAGUACGUGGUGGUGAAGACGCUGGGGCGGGGCGCGUUCGGCAAGGUGAAGCUGUGCCUCAACACGCUGGACGGACAGCUGUACGCGAUCAAGAUGAUCAACCGCGCCCACCUGCUGCGUCAGCUGCAGAAGCCCUCCCGCCCGCUCCGCCGCCGCGCCCCCGCCCGCAACACCUCCGACACCGGGCUGCUGCACCUGCAGCUGCAGCGCACGCAGACGGAGGGCAACCUGUCCAUCAGCACCACCAACGCCAGCGCGGGGGGAGCGGGGCAGUCCGCCGCCCCCGCCCGCGCCUCCAUGGACGACACCUCCCCCCUGGCCGCCAUCAUGCGUGAGAUCGCGGUCAUGAAGAAGGUGGACCACCCCCACGUGGUGCGGCUGCACGAGGUGAUCGACCCGCCCGGCUCCUCCUACCUCAUGAUGGUGCUGGAGUACUGCGAGGGGGGGUGUGUGAUGGAGACGCGCGCGCAGACGGGGCUGAGUCCGCUGGGGGAGGAGCGCGCCAGGGAGUACUUUCGACAGGCCUGCCAGGGACUGGACUACCUGCACUACAACAAGGUGGUGCACGGCGACCUGAAGCCCGAGAACAUGCUGGUCAGCGGAUCGGGGCGGCUCAAAAUAGCGGAUUUCGGAUCCAGUCGCUUCAUGGGGGGAGACCCCACCGACGCAACCAAGACCUCCUGCACGCCCGCAUUCCAGUCCCCCGAGGAGAUCGGCCACAUGCCGGUGGACCCCUUCGCGGCCGACCUGUGGGCGCUGGCGUGCUGCCUCUUCUGCUUCGUGUUCGGGCGGCUGCCGUUCGUGGGGUCGUGCGUGGUUGACAUCUACCGGGCCAUCCUGACCCGCCCGCACACCUACCCGCCCGACCCGCCCGCCUCCCCCGCACUGCGAGACCUGCUGGACCGCAUGUUGGACAAGGACCCGCGCAAGAGGCCGGGGCUCAAGGAGGUGUGCCAGCACGAGUGGGUCACCGCGGGCGGCUCCCUCCCCCCCGUGCCACUGCUGUCAUGCAGCGGGGACGAGGGCGGGCCGCCGCCGCAGCUGAUCCACGUCACUCACGCGGAGCAGGCGGCCGCCAUCGACCGCUGCUCGCUGGUCUCGCUGGUGCGCGCGCGACUGAAGGAGAAGAGCUGCGGCGCGGGGGAGUACCUGUUCAAGGAGGGCGAGGAGGCGCACUGCGUGUACAUGAUCAUGGCGGGGGUGGUGGAGCUGACGCAGCACCUGCGCCGACCCGCACACCCGUCUGCAGGAGGGGGAGGUGCAGGCGGGGGUGGCAGGCUGGCGUCGGGUGGCGGGGGCGGGGGCGGACAACAUGCGGGGCACUCUGCAGGAGCGGGUGCGGGUGUGGCUGCGGGUGCUGCUGCUGGCUUCCGUAGCAGUGUGGGAGGAGUAGCUAGCGGCGGCGGCGGGGAUGCGCUGCCCGACGGCGGCAGUAACGACCAUGACGCCUCGUUCUCCGUGGACCUGGACGAGUCGCUGACGCUGGAUCACGGGGAGGCAGCUGCGUUCACGGAGGGCAUGAACAUCGUAGACGGCAAGCUGCACAUAGACCGGCAGCAGGCGAUUGAGAUGCGGCGGCGCAUGCAGGGCAGCUUGUUGGGAGAGAAUGCAGAGUACGUGGUGGAGGUGAAGGGCCCUGGGUCGGUGAUUGGGGAGAUGGGCAUGGACAACGCAUCCGCUACGUACCGCAUGUCGGCCAGAGCGCGGGGACCCGUCACCGUGGUAAAGCUCACGGAGGAGAACUUCUUCAAAGCGCUGCUACAAAUGUACGGCGGAGGUGGCGGCGGCGGCGGCGGUGGCAGUGCAGCUUCCACGACACUUACCGCGAGUUCGGUAUCCGAGGCGGCAGGCGGGAAGGUGGUUGGUGGUGCCGGUAGUGGUUGCGGCGGUGGCGGCGCCGGCGGCAGCGGUGUUGGCAGCGGCCUGCUCCCUCCCCCCUGCGGCGGUCUGUCCACGCAGCAGCUGAUGGUGAUGCAGUACCUGGAGGACUCGGGCUCCUUCGCCACCUACCCCGCCCCCGGCUCCAUGUCGGCAUCCGGGGGGGGCACCCCGGGGCGGCUGUCGCUGGAGACUCCCCCGGGGGGCGGCCAGGCGCCGGCGUCAUCAGCUGCCGUGAGUCGCGGGCUGUACAACAACCACCACCACCAGUACCACCACCACCACCACCCGCAGGGGCAUCGCUACAGCGCCGGCGGCUUUGGCCCCUCCGCCACCUCCGCCGCCACGGCAGCAGCAGCAGCGGCGGCUGCGGCUGCGGCUGCUACCACGGGUGCCGCAGCGGCAGCGGCAGCGGCGGCGGUGUCAGGGGGCUCCGCUGGUCGGCAGCACACCCGCCGCAUCCUGCAACAAGCCUCGCCGGGGGCGUCCAGCGGCGGCGCCAUGGGUGGCGGUGCUGGGUUUGGGGUUGGGGUUGCAGCAGCAGGGAAUGGUGCAGGUGGCGUCAUGGGCAGCGGCAGCGGGGUGGGUGUGGUGGUGCAGGGGUUGGGUGGGGGCGGCGGGAAGCUGUCGGACGUGCACUCCAUGCUGGGGGUGUUGAACACCAUCCACUCCAUCAAUGCCAGCAGAGCGGGCGCGAAUACCUCCGAGGAAGGGGUGGCGGAUUUGUGAAACUGCUGCUGCUGCUGUGGGGGGUAUGGUAUGAUACGGAUGGGGGUUGUGAUGGUCAAGAGUAUAAUACUUGGGCCGUGAAGCCGGGGGCGCGUCUGGGUGUUCCCUCUCCAGUGUGGGGAGGGGUGCAGCUUGCAAGCUGAGGGGCUCGGGAGGGAGGCACUGCCCCAUGGUGUGUGCCCCAGAGGUACGAGAGAGGUAAGGAGUCCAUCGCGCCUGGGCACAUGUUAAGUGUGGCAUUGACCGCGCAUUUGCCUGUUGCUUGGCAUGACAUGACCUAUUCGGUUUUGAUGCAGAAAGAGGACGAGGUGGGCGGUCCUGUAGGCAGGAGGGGGAGGGAACGCAGGCGAGGGCAGGAAAGCUUCUUACUCGCCCCCAGACAAACGAUUGAGGGGGGUUGCGUGACGAGAAAACAAGCGCUGUCAUGUGCAAGUGCGCGGUUUGCUUUGCUUCGCCAUGCAAGUGGCGUGUGUUAACUCAACUGGAUGCUAUGUGGGUGUGGGUGGGGUUAAGGAAACUGGCCGCGAAUAGGAACGUACGUGGAUCAGGGAUAUUGGCCGCGAGGACCCACACGACGUGUCGUACGUUUGUGUGCGUGUGUCUCCAGUAAUGGGCCCGUUGCCGUACAUGCUGUUGUACGGGGCUUACUAAAGUACCGCUAAUGUGGCUCUGAUGUGGCGGACGUCUGAUGGUUUGCAUAUGUGGGUCUUUUCGUGACCACGUGAAUGUUGUGCGAUGCCUUCGCAUGCAUUUCCGCAUGCAAUGGAGUUGGAGAACCAAAAGGGUCCGGUCACCUCUCUCGUCCAGAUUGGAGGGGGAUGAGGGUACAUGAACCUUGUUUGUUUGGGUCGGUUAGGGCUGGCCUUGAAUGGAGGCAAAGGGGCACACAUGAUGAUUACGGUUGUAGGGACUUCAUCAAAAGAACUACUAAUGGGAGCUUUCAGGUGUACAAGAAGUCAGCAUCAUUAUUUUGGCAGGAUCUUGCAUGGAGGCAAGCGUUUGUGUCAUGAAUACCGUUACGCUGCAUGGUGGCGUGCAGGCUAACACACAGGCUGACAUGCCAUGGUAAUACAGGCUAACAAGCCCACCAUAAGCUUGCCGAUAAUUGGCAGCCAGAGCCUUUCCUCCUGCGUUUUCUGUGCGGGCUGGGCGGAGGAAGGUCGGAGGAGAAGGGUUGCGGUGGUGGCGCGCAGGGGGCCAUCGCCAUGCAGGGGCUGCCGGUGCUGCUCUUGCUUGCUGGUUUGCGCGCGGGGGCGGCCGGGCGUCCUGACUGCGCUGUUCCCGGUUGUAGCACAUGCGCACGCGCUGGGCAAAACAAAAGGCGUUGUUGUUUGCAGAGCAUGGCUUUGGUGUUUGCUCGGCUUUUGUUGGGUGGUUCGUCGGGGGGGGGAGGUCAUGGCACCGGAAGUGUUUUGCGAUGGCAUGGAGAUGUGGAAAGAGCGGCAUCAGUCACACCCUUGGUGUUGGCCAUCAUCCCUCCACUGCAAGGCCACACCCGUGUUCUAUUCUGUCCAAGAGUUUGCUCACACUGGGGGUGGGGGGCAGCUGAAGCUUUCUUGCCCCACGUGUGCCAGUAGCCGGUCGACAGUUAUACCUGGAACUGGGAAGAGGCGGGUAGGAGUGUCGGAACAUGUGUUGGCCGCCUGUGGUUGGGUUCCUUGUCUCCUCGACGAAGGUGCUUGUGCUGCAGCGUGUCCGGUCGCCUUGGGAACAUUUCGGCUAAUCAUAUGGGCUGACUGUGGAAGCAUGGAGAGGUGGUAGCGGCGGGCACUGCUUGGGGAUCGGCACCUUAUCCCAAAGCUGGUUAGAGCUGCUUCUCAGUCUGGCUCUUGAGGUUUUGGCAUGGUUACUUUAUUCGGCAAGCUGCAAGGUUUCAGCUUGGUUCGGUGUCUUGCUGGCUUUCAUGGCGUGGGGGAGGUGAGGUGAGCGAAGUGGGGAGAGGGCGAGAGGGCACAGCUACCCUGGUAUGAAGGGCGUGUCAGUACCAUACUACCGAUCCUUCAAAUCAUGCUCAAACGCAACACUUAAUAAUGCUGAAAACGCUUGACAAGGGCAGGGGUGGCUGUAGCAGCAUACAAUGUACCACGACGGUGGGUUUGGGCUUUGGGGGUCCAAAUGUUACUCAAUGCCAACUAUAUACACACGCUAUAUGCCAGGGCACACCAUCUUUGACGGACGGGUAUAUAAGUAAGGAACGGAC